AUGACUGCCGUCAAUAGCGCGUUGAACGGGAAUCCGUUCGGAGCUCCUGGUUCCAUCAAUGACCCGUCAAAACAAGCACAAUUUUGGCAAGUUUAUCGGAUGAUAAGAAUGCUCUGGUUUGAAUCAUUUACUAGUUCUUUUGUCUCGAAAUCCGUACACAAGCCAAAAUCAAGAUGGCUAAAUUGUGUUGCAUUCAAAAAUGUUGAAAAUCUCAGUUUUUUGAAAAAUUUUUCCCAAUUCCGAGAGCAAUUUUUUGUGUCGGCAGCGGCUCGGCAGAAUGACAAAUUUGGGCUCUACCACUACCUCGAGGCUUUGAAAACAGACGAGAAUGGAUGGCGCAAGUCAACGGACAACAUCGUUGCAAACAACCUGAGCACCGAUGAAGAACACUUCCUGCUUUUGCAAGUGGUCGAGGAUUAUUUAUCCCGACGCUAUGCUCAAGCUGAUGCUGAUAGUGUCAUGUGCAUCCGUAAACUACUCUCGCACUGGAUUCAGAAGCUCUCCACACAUCCAGAACAACCGGUUUUCUUAGUGAAUAAAAUGGCACAUAUCUUUUCAUUAGUAUUUGCCGCAGAUUUUCCUGAUAGGUGGCCAAAUUUUAUGGACGAAAUAUUUCUUUCUCGUGGACUAGAUAAUGUUCCAAUAGUAGUGUUUUAUCUGAAGACGCUUCUGGCAAUCGACUCAGAAGUCGUGGAUAGAGAUAUUCAGAGAACAAAGACG